AUGGCUGAUGCAACUACAACCUUGACAUUCGAAAUGGUUCAAGCGCUUGGCCGCCAGCAGAUCGUCAGAUAUGUAGAUGGUUCGUUCAAGUUGGACUCGUAUCACCUUUGCUUCUCAAUCUUACCUACUACAGUCUGCAGCACCACGUUCCUCGUCUAUGAUAUGAUUAUCAAUCUACAGCUCGAGGUUGACCACAUUUGGAUGAGGAAAUGGUCAUUCCUUACUAUUUUAUACAUCCUCCAACGUUAUCUCCCGUUAUUCGACACCGUGGGGUUGAUACUUCACCAUGACUUCGGAGCGAAUUUGAGUACUCAUUAUUGUGCCUUGAACUACAAGAUCACCUCAUGGUCGUUCAUGGUCGGCGUUAUGAUGUCUGAAAUCGUUUUAGCAUUCCGUGUCUGGGCGGUCUGGGAGAGGAGGCUCCCAGUAGCCAUAGGACUUGUUGUGUUCUUCCUCGCCUCUUGGAUCCCAAGCACCUUUAUGUUAUCGCAAUUCGACGACGCCACGGAAUUUGCGAUUCUCCCUUUCCCUAAUUUUCGUGGAUGUUUUGUCGCUGGUGGAAGUCAAGCUCUACACCUGGCAGCCUUGGUUUGGGUUUUGUGGAUGGUAUAUGACGCUGGUGCCUUUGUGCUGAUUCUCAUUCCUGGAGUGGCAGCAUACAGGAGGGGUGGAAGAUCGGAGCUUGUCAAAACCAUAUAUAAAGACGGCGUCGUUUACUACGCGCUAAUAUCCUUAACCUCCAUAUUCAAUGUGGUUGUCAUUCUCACUCUUCCGCCUGACUUUGUCUAUCUCUUAUCCUCAUUCGAACGUAUAUUGCAUUCCCUUCUAACCAGUCACGCAAUCCUCCAUAUCCGUCAAGUAUACUUUCGAAAUUCAACUUCGACGACCCAAACGAUGUCGGAGAUUCGAUUCGGACGAAACGAGCAUCGUUCGUCCUUCCAUCAUACCGAACUGCAAAAUACAGAGAUGCCACCAAAUCCAGCGAAUCUCGCAGCGGAUGAAGUUUAA